CCUCCAGCCAAUAGAGGACCAAGACUUGUCAGGAGGGCUUAUAAAGCUUGCUAUUUCUGGCAUUUUUUCUCUUUCUCUGCUGAUUAUGCAGCAGAAUCGCACAGAGGCUGUCGCGGGUGCGUUCUCUCACUGCCAGGGCUUCUGUGGAAUGAGACUCGGGCUCCUUCUACUUGGGAGACGCUGGUGCAUUGCAGGUGUGUUUCAGCAGAAGUUUGAUGGUGACAGUGCCUACGUGGGGAUGAGUGACGGGAACCCAGAGCUGCUAUCGACCAGCCAGACCUACAACAGCCAGAGUGAGAGCAACGAAGACUAUGAGAUCCCCCCGAUAACACCUCCCAACCUCCCUGAGCCAUCCCUCCUGCACCUGGGGGACCACGAAGCUGGCUACCACUCGCUGUGCCACGGCCUCACGCCCAACGGACUCCUCCCUGCCUACUCCUACCAGGCCAUGGACCUCCCAGCCAUCAUGGUGUCCAACAUGCUGGCCCAGGACAGCCACCUGCUGUCGGGCCAGCUGCCCACGAUCCAGGAGAUGGUCCACUCGGAGGUUGCUGCCUACGACUCGGGCCGGCCUGGGCCCCUCCUGGGCCGCCCGGCGAUGCUGGCCAGCCACAUGAGUGCCCUCAGCCAAUCCCAGCUCAUCUCUCAGAUGGGCAUCCGGAGUGGCAUUGCCCACAGCUCCCCGUCACCCCCAGGGAGCAAGUCAGCGACGCCAUCUCCCUCCAGUUCAACUCAGGAGGAGGAAUCAGAAGCGCAUUUCAAGAUGUCCGGAGAGAAGAGACCCUCGGCUGACCCAGGAAAAAAGACCAAGAACCCAAAGAAGAAGAAGAAGAAGGACCCCAACGAGCCUCAGAAGCCUGUGUCGGCCUAUGCGCUCUUCUUCAGAGACACUCAGGCCGCCAUCAAGGGACAGAACCCCAGUGCCACCUUUGGAGAUGUGUCCAAAAUCGUGGCCUCUAUGUGGGACAGCUUGGGAGAGGAGCAGAAGCAGGCCUACAAGAGGAAGACCGAGGCAGCAAAAAAGGAGUAUCUGAAGGCUCUGGCAGCCUACAGGGCCAGCCUCGUAUCCAAGAGCUCCCCAGACCAGGGCGAGACCAAGGGCACUCAGGCAAACCCGCCGGCCAAAAUGCUGCCACCCAAGCAGCCCCUUUAUGCCAUGCCGGGCCUGGCCUCCUUCCUGACGCCAUCGGACCUGCAGGCCUUCCGCAGUGGGGCCUCUCCCGCCAGCCUUGCCCGGACGCUGAGCUCCAAGUCACUGCUGCCUGGCCUCAGCGCAUCCCCGCCACCGCCCCCCUCCUUCCCUCUCAGCCCUCCACUGCACCAGCAGCUGCCGCUGCCGCCCCAUGCCCAGGGUGCCCUCCUCAGUCCGCCUGUUAGCAUGUCUCCAGCCCCCCAGGCUCCUGUCCUGCCCACCCCCAUGGCACUGCAGGUGCAGCUGGCUAUGAGCCCCUCACCUCCAGGGCCACAGGACUUCCCUCACAUCUCCGAGUUCCCCAGUGGGUCCGGAUCCCGCUCACCCGGCCCGUCCAAUCCCCCAAGCAGCAGCGGAGACUGGGACAGCAGUUACCCCAGCGCGGAGUGUGGCGUCAGCACGUGCAGCCUGCUCCCCAGGGAUAAAUCGCUCUACCUCACCUAAUCCCGCCUCCCCUCUCCUCCCUGAGGCUUGCUGGAGGGGCACUGCUCCGAGCCUGAAGGGCCCACAGCAGAAGGGGAGCCUUGGCAGGAAGCGGGGUGACCGGAAAGAGACGGCAGUGACACACGGACGCCCCGGGGCCUCGUCUCUUCCUCCACCUCACACCAGACUCUGCAGAGGCAGCCCGCCGCCCCGCCGCCAGCCCAAAGAACCUGCAGGAACCUUCUGCCCCCGACCUGCUUGCUCCAGGGUUACCGUGGACCCCGCUCCUCGCCCUGCACGCCGUACUCUGCGUCUGGACGUCUGGCCCCAGCCCAGGCUCGCGUGGGCUGCCCCCGGAGGGGUCGCCU